GAAGAGAGAGACUCAGAGGAAACGAGCAGAUCUAGGGUUUUUAAUUUGGAGAAGGGUAAAUCUGGCGUUGUUCUUCAUUGCAUAGUGUGAAUAUGGAUAAUUUGAGCGAUGGUGAAAAAAAGAGGAUGAAGGAGUAUGACAUGCUUUUUGUCAUAGCCGAUGCUAAAUUUGGCAUUCCGAAGCGAUGUGCAUGUGGUGGUGGAAUCACUGAGGAUAUUUCUCACACUCACACACAAGCUGACCCAGGGAGGAGAUACUUCACAUGCGAACUGCAUAAGAAGAAUGGUGGCUACGACAUUCAUAAAUGAUGGGAUGCAGCUGUUGAAGAGGAGCUGAGUAUCUUACAAAUUGAGAGUCAUGAGCAGGCAGAGAAGAUUCAAAUACUUUGAAGCCUUCAACUUAACUUGGAGACAAUGUGUGUGCAGCUGGAAAAACACAUUGAAAAGGUUGCAAAGCUGAAGGAACAACUUCAUGCAGCUGGAUCUUAACUUACGUUUUUAAACGAAUCGUGUUAACAUUUUCUAUUUCUAUUGUAAGACAUAUGUACUUUCCAAACCUAUCCUAUUUCUGCUCUUUUUCCUUAUUUGAAUAGAUUCGAAAAUCUUG